UCUGCGCGGGCUUCGUGUCGCUGUCAUAUCAAGAGUUUAUUCCGUCUUAUUGACACUCAGGAUGGUUCGACUUCGUUUCACAGAAUUAUUCUAAAUCACUUCAACCGUUAUCAUCAGCUGAAUGUGGAUUUUGGAAUAAAAAAGCGCAUCCUAGUGUUGAGAGAUUUGGAGAAGAAAACGUUAAACAAUGAUUCCACCUGGAGACUGUCUGUAUGCUGGAAGGAAAAGGAGAAAACCUGUGCAGAAACAGAAACCAGAGAAAGCAGGUCAGAAAUCGAAUCCGUCCAAGCGCCAUCGUGAGCGUCUGAAUGCAGAACUGGACCGGUUAGCGAGUCUGCUUCCCUUCAGUGCAGAUGUCAUCUCUAAACUGGACAAACUCUCAGUGCUGAGGCUCAGCGUGAGCUUCCUGCGGGUGAAGAGCUUCUUUCAAGCAGUCCAAGAGAAAGAAAAUCGCUGCAGUGAUACUUCAAUCGCAGCGCACAAGAAAGAGAUCCAGCCCCGUGUCAUGGAGAGUGAUCUUCUCCUAAAGUCUCUUCCUGGAUUUGCACUGAUCGUGAGCUCGGAUGGUGUUAUUUUCUAUGCCUCAUGCACCAUCGUUGACUACCUUGGGUUUCAUCAGACGGACGUGAUGCAUCAGAAAGUCUUUGAUUAUAUCCAUGUGGAGGAACGACAGGAGUUUCAAAAGCAGCUCCAUUGGGCGAUGAACCCUGGCCAGCAAGACACUGAUGAGGAUGUUGUGAUGGGUCAUCUCUAUAGCGCUGAAGAGCCCGACGGCGUUCCUCCUGAACUGUCUCCGUUCCUCACGAGGUGCUUUGUUGCUAGAGUCCGCUGCCUGCUGGACAGCACCUCUGGCUUCCUGAACAUGCAGUUUCAGGGCAGUCUGAAGUUCCUGCAGGGUCAGAGGAGGAAGACAGACUCUGGAGCUCUGCUGCCACCUCAGUUUGCUCUGUUCUGUGUGGCUGUUCCUCUAGUCCUGCCCCCCAUCAUGGAGCUCAAGAUAAAGAGUAUGAUGAUGAUGAGCAAACACAAAAGGUCUGGCAGCAGUGAUAAACGGCAACGAGUUUCCCGUGGCUCAUUUGACAGUGAAGACACGCUCCAUCUUAACUGGACCAGCACAUCCGGACAUGAUGGUUCAUGUUCAGCCCUGACCAACAGAAAGUACAGAGAAGAGGGCUGCAAAACCCAAGAUGAGCCGCUCAACUUCUGUGUUUCCAAUCUGGGCGUCUCUAGACUGUCGGCAGUUGAUCCUUCCUGGGACGCCCGCUGUCCUGUUGCCUUACGCACGGGACCCAGUGAAAACUACCUACCUGGAAGCUUCUAUAAACAUGGCCAUUUUGUAAAAUCACGAAUUGGAUGCAACACAGAAUUGCAGAAGCUUCAGGAGGAGGGUUAUUCUGUUGACAGAAAGGCUGAGAGAAGGUACACGAUGCAGAAUGAAUGUUUUAACAUGAUUCCUGAAGCGGCCAUUAAGACAGAAGACUCAGAUUCUGAAAAUGGGUGUAAUGCAUACGGGAUGCUUUGGCGCCCAGAAUAUGCACAGGUGAAAACCGAGACUGAAUAUUAUGAUUAUUGUACUUCGUAUCAAAGAGGCAAAGCUGUCAUCAGUCCUCCCAUCAAUGGACACCAUAAGUAUGUGUGUGCAGGAGUCAACAGACAUCUUAAGUGCGUCCUGAACAAAGACAUGAAUCACUCUGAUGCUGCUAUCAGCAGUCAUGGCGGAUAUGCAUUUACAAAUGAUCGUAAAAGCUGCAUGCAGCAUGAUAUCCGGCAGAAUUAUGAGUUUAGGAGUCAUAAUGUACUGCACACAAUCAAACGGGAACCCGACGACUCUCCACCUUGGUGUGGUGAUGUUAGCCAAGGGCAUGUGCAACAACAUAUUGCUUCAAAUUGCACUAUGAACACUGUUCUACACAAAGCAAACCCAUAUGUUUACAUGCAGUAAACAAUGUGACCGUAUUGACAUUGCCUUUUAAUUACAGUGCUUGCAAGGUUUGAUUUAUAUUCUUCCUUUUGUCAAAAUUCUGCAAUUUAUUCAGUCCAAAUUUAGUAUAAAACGUUGGUAUUUUGAAAAUUUAAGAUUAACGUUUGAAAAUCUCCCACUGAUUUAAACUUUAAUGUUUAGCAUUUAAAAUCUAUCCACAGGGAUAAUGUCACUGUCAUAUUUGUGUGCUGAAUUGUGAUUUGUCACCUGAAAUCAAGUUGUGGUGACAACAGAGUAGCUCUAUAGAAGCUCUAAAUAUUUUUUUACUUCAAAUUUAUAAACACAAAAUUACCUAAAACUUAUUUUGUUUGUUACCUUGCAAGUGCUGGUAUUUCCCUCAGGACAUACAAAAACUAAAAACUAGUUAGAACUUAUUUUAGACCAUUUCAGACUGUUUAAUCAAACACAUACUCAGGUUCACAGACAUUAAGAUGUUAUUUUCUAUUUUGUUACUUUUAGGUACAGAUUUUGGAUUGAUUGGGAUUUAAUGUGAUAUUCAUGUGGAAAAUGUGUACAGACAAAUAAAGGUCAUUUUCUUGGUGAAAAUGUAUGUGUAUAGCAUUUUUAGAUUUUUAGUGCAUUUGCUUCAUAAAUAAAUACAUUUUUCUUGAUUUCAGCUGGUCUCCGUUUUAUAUGGAACUACAGUGAAAAUCAAAUUA